AUGUUUCAUUGUUGCAGACAGAAGUGGUUCAUUUAUGGUGACACAGAUAUUCUCAAAGAAGAUGGUAUUUUUCAUUGUAGUAAUGGCAGGGUUACUGCCAGGGUUUACAUGCCUUACUCCUCAGAUUAAUGCAUGUGCUGUGGGGAAAUCUCCCCUUAUGAAGCACAAGUAUUUUUUGUCAGGUGAUUUCAUCAUAGCUGGGAUACUGUCUCAGUUCUACAUGAUAUCUGAUCCAGUGUGUUUCAGAAGGCAUCCAUCUGAAGAACUAGUUGAUGAGCUCCUUUAUUUCAUGGCGAGAUGGACAUACUUGGCUUCAAUGGAGCUUCUCUCAACACAGGGCAGAUUCAUCCCCAAUUAUAAAUGUGAUUCCAAGGAUAGGGCAAUAUCUGUUAUUGCAGGACCUAACUCUCACAUCUAUCCCUACAUGGCAAAUGUCUUGAAUGUCUAUAAGAUGCCCCAGCUGACAUAUGGGUCUCCUCCAACGAUAGAUGACAAGAUGCAAACUGUUUUCUUUCAUCGUUUUUUCCCAAAUGGUGAUCAACAGAUUAUGGGUAUUCUCCAGUUGCUGCUGUAUUUUAGAUGGACAUGGAUUGGACUGAUUUCCCAACCUGAUGUGAUUGGAGAGAGUUUCGUACAAAAUGUUGUCCCUUUGUUUUCCCAGAAAGGUGUCUGCUUUGACUUCAUAGAAGAGAUGGUCAAGGAGACAUUUUCUAAUGAUAUUUUAAGUGUCCUUUCAGAUUUUCGUAAAACAUACGUGAUUAUGAUGAACAGCACUGUCAAUGCUAUUAUCCUAUAUUGUGAAAACCAGAACACUAUGUUUUUUAGAAUGUUGCCCAAUAUUGAAGAAUUUGUAGAGGUAUCCAUUGAGGAAAAAGAUAAAGUUUGGAUAAUGCCAGCCCAGAUGGAGUUUACCUCACUUGCACUUCAAAGAGCUAUGGAUAUGCAUGCCUUCCAUGGUGUUAUAACUUUUAUAGCUUCUUCCAAGGAGAUUCCUGGAUUCAAUAAAUUCCUUCAGAUGAGAAACCCAAGUUCAGAAGCAGAAGACCAUUUAAUGAGAGUGUUCUGGGAGCAGGCUUUUCAAUGUUCUUUUCCUAAAGAUAAGUUAGAUGAAGAUAUAAUAGUCUGCACUGGAGAAGAGAAGUUGGAGAAUCUACCUAAGUCUGUGUUUGAUACCAUCAUGAGUGGGCAAAGUUAUUGCAUCUACAAUGCAGUCUAUGGUGUGGCACAUGCCUUACAAGCCAUGCUUUCCCUCAAAUCCAAAUCCAAAACAAGGAGAGAAAUAUUGUUGGCUCAAAAAGCAUGGCAGCUCCAUCACUAUUUGAGAACCAUUUCAUUUAAUAACACGGCAGGAGAGAAAAUUUCCUUUAAUGAAAAUGGGGAUUUAGAGACUGGAUUUGACAUUAUCAACUGGGUCACCUUCCCAAACCAGACCUUUGUUAAAGUCAAAGUUGGAAAGAUCGACCCAACAGCUUCUCCGGAUAAGCUAUUCACCAUUUCUGCACAAGACAUCAUCUGGCCCGCCAUGUUUAACCAGGUUCAACCUCUUUCUGUAUGCAAUGACAAUUGCUAUUCAGGGACCAGGAAGAGGAAAAUAGAAGGGAAGCCGUUUUGCUGUUAUGACUGCAUUCCAUGUGCAAAAGGGAAAAUUUCAAACCAGAUGAAUGCAGUUGAUUGUUUCCAAUGUUCAGAAGAUCAAUAUCCAAACAAGGCUCAAAAUCUCUGUAUUCUGAAAACAACAACCUUCCUGUCUUACAGUGAGCCACUGGGAAUCACCUUGGCCACUGUAAGUCUCUUCUUUUCCUUCAUCACAACUUUGAUUCUGUGUAUCUUCAUUAAAGAGCAGGACACACCCAUAGUCAAAGCCAACAACAGAAAUCUUACCUAUAUUCUUCUCAUUGCCCUCUUCCUUUCCUUUCUUUGCAGCUUACUCUUCAUUGGGAAACCUGACCAAAUGAAAUGCCUAUUGCGACAAACUGCUUUUGGCAUCAUCUUCUCCGUGGCCUUUUCUUGCAUUUUGGGGAAAACAACCAUUGUUGUUAUUGCUUUCAUGGCCACUAAGCCAGGCUCCAAAAUGAGGAAAUGGGUGGGGAACAGGUUGGCCAAAGGUAUUAUCCUAUCUUGCUCCAUAGCACAAUUCACCAUUUGUAUAGUAUGGUUGAUAAUUUCUCCCCCAUUCCCAGAUUUAGACAUGCACUCAAUGACUGAAGAAAUUGUCUUGGAAUGUAAUGAAGGUUCAGCCAUCUUGUUUUACCUUGUCCUUAGCUUUAUGGGGUUCUUGGCUUCUACCAGCUUCACAGUGGCCUUUCUAGCCAGGAAGUUACCUGACAGCUUUAAUGAAGCCAAAUUUAUCACCUUCAGUAUGUUGGUCUUUUGUAGUGUCUGGAUAUCGUUUGUUCCAACCUACUUGAGUACAAAGGGAAAAUAUAUGGUGGCUGUGGAGAUCUUCUCCAUUUUGGCUUCGGCAGCUGGAUUACUGGGCUGCAUCUUUUUCCCCAAAUGCUAUAUUAUUAUUUUUAGACCUGAUUUGAAUACGAAGGGACAGUUAAUAAAGAAAUGAUUCA